CGGCUUCCGGGACGUCUAGCGAGAACCUGACCAUAGAGAAGCCAACGGUGACGCCCACUUCCGGACGCCCGGGUGCUUGCUGCAGAGAGCGCGCAGACGCAGUGACGCUGGGAGCCGGAGUCAUGUCGGUGACGGAGCCCAGCCUGACCAACUACAGCCCCUCGGCGACGCCGCGGGAGCAGCGGGAGGAAGCCGGUUCGAGCUCCGAGCCCGCGAGCUCUUCGAAGUCAGAGGCCUCCCCGCCCGUCCCCGAGCCCGCUGGCCCCGGCGCCGCCACCGCCGCGGCUCCCGAGGCGAGGCCUCCCCCUCCCGCGGCCCUGGACUCUGCGCCUCGGGCCGAAGCCGCCCCGCGCCCCGGCGAUUCCCGCCUCGGCCCCGAGACGUUCCGCCAGCGUUUCCGGCAGUUCCGCUACCAGGACGCGGCAGGCCCCCGGGAAGCGUUCCGGCAGCUGCGGGAGCUCUCCCGCCAGUGGCUGCGGCCCGACAUCCGCACCAAGGAGCAGAUCGUGGAGAUGUUAGUGAUGGAGCAGUUGCUGACCAUCAUGCCCGAGGCGGCUCGGGGUCGUCGGGGCCGGCGCCGCACCGACGUCCGUAUCACCGGCUGAGCGGAGGAGCUGAGGGCGCUCUGGACUGGG